GGGGUGAAGUUACUUUUAACGGUAACAACAACGAUGGCUGGCUAACAAGGACAGUAGUGUAGUUAGUCAACAACAGAACUGGGUUCUCAUGCUGGUAAUUCGCCUGUUUAUUUCGUAAACAUGUAAAUGUACGUCUCUAUAAGCAUUCUUAGGCAUUUAAGAAGCCAUCAUAUUUCCUGUGCAAGGCGAAGCUAGAUUAGCCAGCCAUUAGCUUCAACCAUUUGCGCUCUUCUCUUUUUAUUACCUUUAAACGUGUCGUUGAAAUACGUUUUAAAGGAAUGCGUCCUGCUCUCAGCAACGCGCCGGAUGUCGAUUAACUAGCUAGGCUUUAUUGGGUUCUUCAUAAUGGUCUGAGUAACGCUCAUGUUGAGACUUCCUAGUUUUUGCAGUCUCAUACGCAGGGCAGUGUGUAGCAGUGCCGAGGAGAUGGGAAGGAAAGGCGGUUUCUUUUACGCCGUGAGGAAAGGUCAUACGCCCGGCGUGUACCAGACAUGGGAAGACUGUAAAGACCAGGUGGACAGAUUUCCGAAUGCACGUUAUAAAAAGUUCGCCUCUGAAGAGGACGCUUGGUCCUUCGUAAGGAGCGACGCUCCGACAGAGGAUUGCAGUGAUCCCCAGUUGCCUAAAAGUCUCGAUGGUGGUAAAAGGCCCAGUGAGGAUGACGUAAACGACGGAGCAAGUGUAAAACGAGUGAAAUUGGCAGAGAGGGCACCGCAACCUAACACCUCAGCUUCCAUAAAUGCAGAUGGGUUUACUUGCAUGGGAGAUGCUGUGGUGGUGUAUACAGAUGGCUGCUGUACAGGCAACGGGAAGACUGGGGCUCGUGCAGGAAUUGGAGUAUACUGGGGUCCUGAUCACCCUCUUAAUGUUGCUGAGAGGUUGCCUGGGAGACAGACAAACCAAAGAGCUGAGCUGCAGGCAGCCUGUAGGGCACUGGAGCAAGCCAGAGACAGGAGUAUCAAGAAGCUUGUGCUCUACACAGACAGCAAAUUCACCAUUAAUGGGAUCACAAGCUGGGUGAAGAAGUGGAAGACCAACGGCUGGAAGCUGACAACAGGCGGGCAUGUGCUUAAUAAAGAGGACUUCCAGAAGCUUGACGAACUAAAUGCAGAACUUGAGGUUGUAUGGAUGCAUAUCCCAGGCCACGCUGGCUACACAGGGAAUGAGGAGGCAGACAGACUCUCCAGAGAGGGAGCAGCCAAGCCUGACUGUUAGCUGCACAAGAUUUCUGCUGUACUAAUGUUCCAUGGAUUUGGGUCAUUUCUAGGCACUUCAUUUUAUGUAUUUGGUCCAUAAAGGAUAACUCUUGCACAUUUGUGGGUUUUGUUGUUUUUGUUUGUUUGUUUUUUGCUUAUUUUUUGGACAUGUCCAGCAGUCCUUUCCAGAUUAUACACAGUUGAAAAUCUUUCCAUUUUACAUUGUAUUUUUUAUGUAAAUAAAGAGCUUCUUUUGCUGGAUGUGCAGAACGUGGAGCGGAUAGUCUCUUCUGCUAGGAAUUAGUUGCUAUUAUAGGAGCAGUCAAAGAUGAGGACACAAACAGCAGUUAAACAUGUUCUUAGACUAUACAUAUUCAUUUGUUUCCAAGCAGUAUAAACAGAUUACGAUAGAUUACUUAAAACUAGUCGCCCUUUGCAGCACUCCCGAGCAAUGGGGUUAACGUAUUCCAUGUUCCACCCACAGUAAUACCCCAUUUUUAACAGGAGAUGGCAGUGCACUUUGUACUACUGAUUGUGCUGAAUCUGACAAGGUACCAAUGGAGUGUACCCCUGUUGUAACAUGAUUAAGAACAUGUAAUUUUCUUCACUAUUUUCGUUUUGCACUUUAGUAAAUUACAAAACUUUGCAGUUCUGCAUUUAAAAGUAAUGUUUUUUUUUCAAAGUAAACAUAUUUGAGCCUUAUGCAAACAUAUUUAUCCUCAAUCAUAAAUAUUUGAGAUAUACUUCAGGAUUUAAUAUUUUCCGAUGAAAGUUCACGGCUGAAGAUUAGCACAUGGCAGUUUGAAUAAAAAUUACCGCUUGUAUGCAA